AGGAGUUUCCACUAUUACUAAACUAGAUCUCUUUCUCUUCACUGUUCGAUCUGAACCGUCCGUUUUCACUUCAUCAAUCACCAUCGGCUUCGAUCCAACUGAAAAUGAACCUUCUAGAAGAUUCUAGAACAGUUUCGAGAAACUUGUAGAAGAAGAUUGAAUCACAAACCCUAGAAAUGAAGAGAUAAGAAAUAGCGGGGGGGAAUUAAGGAAUACUGCCGCCUCCGCCGAUCUAGGGUUUCGAAAACCGUUCACAUUUCCCUCUAAAUGGAAGACAACAAAUCGACAAACCCUAAAACAAUACAAGAAGUAGCAGUAGAAGGACAAAAACAUCUAGAAGACACAAUUGAAGCAGCACAUCAAAUACUCUCUGCUAUGAACGAUGAACUCUAUAACCCUUCACUUUGGUCAUCCACUACUACUCCAAAUACCGUUACUUCUAACGGACAUCAUUUAAACGGUGACGUUUCCUCUGAUAAUUCUUCGGCGCAACAUUUUGAUAAUAUUGGUGGAGGUGCGCUUGAUGAAUCCAGACUCCGUUAUAAGUCAUAUGUUGCUUCCUUGCCUUCUAUUUCUUCAUAUUUUUCAGAGAACCUUUCAAACCUUGAUAAACAAUUGUUCUCCAGAAAUAUGAAGGUUACAAAGGCAAAAGCAUUGGAAGCCGCUUCUGCUACUGGUUCACUAUCUGCUGCAGAUCAAGCUGAAAUUGAGCAGCUGGAGGGCCGCGCCUCUACGUUAAAAAAGGAGCUCGUAGACAAGAACAAGCAACUCAAGCUUCUGAUUGAUCAGUUUCGAGAUCUUCUUUCUGACCUAUCAACAUGGCAAAGUCCCUAUUCUACUUGAAUUUCUGCUGCUAUUACUUCAAGUAGAUAAUUCAAACCAGAGAGAUGUCAGAUGUCAAUGGAAUUGUGUUCAACUCUAAGAAGUUGUUCUUUUUUACAGAGGUUACUGCUAGAAUCCUGUGCUUUUAUGCAACUUAAUGCUGCUCAUGGUGCUACGAUUGUUUCUAUUUAGAUGUUCUGUCUGCUCCGAAAAUGGGCUGAGAAGUUGUACAAUUAAUCUGUUAGAGCGGGAAUACUGAAGGAGGGAAAAGGAGAAUGCUUUUGAUCUUUUAACUUA